UAAUGGAGCUUAAUCUUUUUUCUUUUUAAUUUUUUUAAUUUUCCCUACUAUUUUUUUGUGGAUAUAUGUUUUUUUAAAUCUCUUCAUUGUGUUUUGGGCAUAUGAUAAUCAGAAAAUUUUGGCGCUCAUUGUUUUAUUUUUAUUUAAUUUUAGGGUUUUCGAUUGUAGUACUGUCUUGUAGCUUUCCAGUAAUUGUCCGUUCGUAGAAAUUUGUAAAGAUCUCUGAGGUGCUUACUAUUCACUCAAAAUAUAAUUGUAUUUACUAAUGGAGGUAAAACCUAAUGAGAAUGAGGCGGAAGAUAAUGAUGCCAAAGUAGAUGAAGAUGAUGUGGUUUCUGAGGAUUCUUUUUUGGAGGAUUUAAGCGAGGAGGAAGACGACCAGUUCAUUGAAGGAAGUGAACCACAACAUGAGGGCCCUUUGACCGAAGAGGAGAUUGAAGAAUUAGUUAAUGAAUUACUCGAAGUAGAGAGUAAGGCGGCCGAGGCACAAGAAGCACUUGAAGAAGAGUCUCUGCAAACGGUUGAAAAAGAAGUGAGAGAAGAGUUAGCUAGUAAUCUACAUGGCGAUGAUUUAUCGAAGGCUGUGGCUGAGGAAAUGGUUACUUUUAAAGAAGAAUGGGAGGCAACUCUUGACGACCUUGAGACACAAAGUGCUGAGUUGUUGGAGCAACUUGAUGGUGCUGGUAUUGAUCUACCAAGUAUCUAUAAAUGGAUUGAGAGCAAGGCUCCAAAUGGUUGUUGUACUGAAGCUUGGAAGAAAAGGACACAUUGGGUAGGAAUUGAGGCUGCCAUUGAUGCUCUAGAAUCCGUUAAGAAUGCUGAAAAGCAACUUCAGAUACUUAGGCCUGUAAGGAGAAAACAUGGCAAAACUUUGGAGGAAGGAGCUAGUGGAUAUCUAGCGAAAAAAAUAUGUGCAAAUAAUAACGGUGAAGGUUUGACAAUUAACUCUAUGGUAGAGUGGAAAUCAUUUAACAAGUUAUUUUCUGAUCAUCCUUCCAAGGAAGACAUUGCCUUUGGUAGCAAGCAAUGGGCUUCUGUAUACUUGGCGAGUACUCCUCAACAGGCUGCAGCUAUGGGACUUGAAUUUCCUGGGGUUGAUGAGGUCGAAGAGAUAGAUGACAUAGAUGAUGAUCCAAGUGAUCCUUUUGUUGCUGAUGCUAUAGCGAAUGAACAAGAGUUGGAUCUUUCUGAAGUGCAACGAAAAAAUUACAAAAAGGUUAAAGAGGAAGAUGAUCUGAAUUUUGUUCAAAAACAUCAAUUUCAAUUGAAGCGAAAGAGGCGUCAGAAAAGGAGUAAACAGAAAUCUAUGGUAGGGUCUUUACAAAAAGACCAAUCUUGUUUUCACUCCAGACAUGACGAAGGUGUAUUAAUUGGUGAUAAAGGGGACAAGUGCCAAGAUUCGACGAAUGAGGAGCUUGCUAAUUGUGGACUUUCGCCUUGUCUUCAAGAGGAAGAAGCUUACUCUAAUAUCGAUUCUUCUGAGCAUUUCUUGCCUCAGUCAGUUGAACCCUCUUGUGGUUCCAAGCGUUUAUUUGAGGAUGAGGGGUUGGACCAUGAAGCUAAGAGAAGUCGAAUUGAUAUGGAGAGUGAUAAUGGAGCUCAAACUUUGAACCAUGAUUUUAUUGGUGACUGUGAGUCAAAUGACAUUUUAGUGGAGGAAGAAUCCUUUGUUGAAGAAAACGGUGAUGAUCCUUUGAAGGUUGAUAGAUCUUCAGAAAAUGUCUAUGAUCAGUUCUACUGUACUGCUUGCAAGAAGGCGACAAAGGAGAUACACGAGCAUCCUCUUCUGAAAGUGAUUGUUUGUGGACAAUGCCAAUGUCUUAUUAAGGAAAAGUUGAUGGAUUCCCAAAAUUUGGAAAAUUUUUGUAGAUGGUGUGGAGGUAGUAAUGAUUUGUUGUCUUGUAAAUCAUGUGAACUCCGAUUUUGUAUGCCAUGUGUAAAGAGGAAUCUUGGAGUGGAAUGCUUGCCAGAAGAGGCUACACUUUAUGGAUGGCAAUGCUGUUCUUGUUCUCCAGAUCUCUUGCAGAAGUUGACCUUGGAACUUGAGAAAGCCAUUGGCUCCCAAGAUUUAUUAGUUUCUAGUUCUGAAAGUGAAACAGAUGAUUCAGAGUAUGAGAUUGGUGUCUCUAUCAGCUCCCGCAAGGCACAAAAAAAGAAAAUUCGAAGGAUUUUAGAUGAUACAGAAUUAGGAGAAGAGACGAAGAGGAAAAUUGCUUUGGAAAAGGAACGUCAGGAACGACUUAAGUCUCUCAAAGCGCAGUUUUCAAGCAUACCCAUGAUGAUGAGUGCUUCCUCUUGUAAUGUAAAUUUACUAGAAGGGGCUACCUCUGAAGUACUUGGUGAUGCUUCAACUGGUUUUAUCGUCAACGUUGUUAGGGAGGAAGGUGAGGAUGCUGUCAGGAUUCCUCCAAGCAUUUCUGCCAAAUUAAAGACACAUCAAGUUGCUGGGAUUCGUUUUAUGUGGGAGAAUAUCAUCCAGUGUAUCAGAAAUGUGAAGGCUGGGGAUAAAGGCCUUGGUUGCAUUUUAGCUCAUACCAUGGGCCUUGGUAAAACUUUCCAGGUCAUAGCUUUCUUGUACACUGCAAUGAGGAGUGUUGAUUUAGGUCUGAAAACAGCUCUGGUUGUCGCACCAGUGAAUGUGUUGCACAAUUGGAAGCAUGAGUUCAACAAGUGGGAGCCUAAGGAAUUCAAGCCUCUUCGUGUUUACAUGCUUGAAGACAAAUCAAGGGAGCAACAAAGAGCAGAAUUGCUAAUGAAAUGGAGAAGGAAGGGCGGUGUAUUUUUGAUUGGAUAUAACUCAUUUAGAAAUUUAUCGCUUGCAAAGAACAUGAAAGAUCUUAAAUCAGCGGCCGAAAUUUGCUCUGCACUUCAGGAUGGGCCUGAUAUACUUGUUUGUGAUGAGGCUCAUAUUAUUAAGAACACCAAGGCAGAAAUUACUCAAGUUUUAAAACUAGUUAAAUGCCAGAGAAGAAUUGCUUUGACAGGAUCUCCUCUUCAGAACAAUCUUAUGGAGUAUUACUGUAUGGUUGAUUUUGUAAGAGAAGGAUUUUUAGGAAGUAUGCAUGAGUUUCGUAAUCGGUUUCAAAAUCCUAUUGAGUUUGGCCAACAUGCAAACUCCACUGCUGAAGAUGUGCGAAUCAUGAAUCAGAGGUCACAUAUUCUAUAUGAGCAGCUAAAAGGGUUCGUCCAAAGAAUGGACAUGAGUGUGGCGAAGAAAGACUUGCCUCCUAAGACCGUGUUUGUCAUAGCUGUAAAGCCUUCUUCAUUACAGAAGAAAUUAUACAAAAGGUUUCUUGAUGUUCAUGUAUUUUCACACAAGGCUUCUUCUGAAGGAACCAGGAAACAUUUUUUCGCUGCAUAUCAAACCUUAGCCCAGAUAUGCAACCAUCCGUGGAUUCUGCGGUUGAUGAAAGACAAAGGAUAUGCAAAGCGAGAAGAUACUCCAGAUGAUAUUUCUAGUGAUGAAAAUAUGGAUUCCAAUUUAGGGAUUGGAGAAAAAACGAAGGCAAAAAUUGACAAAGGCUUCCUUCAUGAGGGUUGGUGGAACAGUCUUUUGAAUCAAUAUCAUCAGUGGGAAAUUGAAUAUAGUGGAAAAAUGGUUUUGUUGCUGGACAUUCUUACAAUGAGUACUAAAUUAGGCGAUAAAGCUCUAGUUUUUAGCCAGAGCAUAGCAACUCUAGAUUUGAUAGAAUCUUAUCUAUCAAAAUUGUCGCAGCCAAGUAAGGGGAAACUCUGGAAACGAGGAAAAGACUGGUAUAGAAUUGAUGGCAGGACAGAUGGUUUUGAAAGACAAAAGCUUGUUGAUGCAUUUAACAAUCCUCAGAAUGGAAGAGUGAAGUGCACCCUUAUAUCAACAAGAGCUGGAGCUAUGGGAAUUAAUCUUUUUGCUGCCAAUCGUGUAAUUAUUAUUGACGGCUCUUGGAAUCCAACUUAUGAUCUUCAAGCCAUAUACCGGGCUUGGAGAUAUGGUCAGAAAAAGCCUGUAUAUGCUUAUCGGUUGGUGGCACAUGGGACUAUAGAAGAAAAGAUUUAUAAACGUCAGGUGAAAAAGGAGGGCCUUGCUGCAAGGGUAGUAGAUAGACAACAAGUCCUCAGGAGUAUGUCUAAAGAAGAGAUAUCAGAUCUCUUUAAUUUUGAUGAUGAUGAGAACCUUGAUGUGUUGUCUGAAUUGAAUGCGAAAAGUGGGCAUUUAGCUGAUCUGGACAACUGCAAAAAUGUCGUAGAUUCAUCAAAACUAAGUUCUGAUUGUCCCAGGAGCUGCGCUUCUGAUAAACUAAUGGAAACGUUACUUGAUCAGCAUCGCCUAAGAUGGAUAAUGAAUUUCCAUGAGCACGAGACAUUACUGCAGGAGAAUGAAGAAGAGAAGCUUACAAAAGAAGAGCAAGAUUUGGCUUGGGAAGUAUUCAAAAGAAGUAUUGAUCGGCAAGAAGUACAGAAAGUGCCUGCUGACUUUGAGUGGCAGGAAGUGAGUAGGGUUCCGCCUGACGUAACAUUCGAGCAAAAACAAAGUAGUUUAAACGCUAACAUUUUAGAAGAGAGAACCGGUACCACCAAUCCGUUGGCGAAUGUCCCCACAAGAUACAAUAUGCCAGCAAGGAGAUGCACCAAUAUAUCCCACUUAUACAUUCUGAAGUCUCAAGGAAUAAAAGUAGGUUCGAGUACUAUUUGUGGGGAAUGCGGCCAAGAUAUAAGUUGGGAGUAUCUCAACCGAGGUAGCUAGUGACAAUGUUAGUCGUAAAGGAUGGUGUAUAGGAUAAUCGGUUUCCCCUCUAGAAGCUAUGUCGAUCCUUGCAAGUAGAUUAUUGCUAUGAUUUGUAUAGGAUAGUCGGUGUCCCCUCUAAAAGGUAUGUUGAUUCUCCCUGUCUCUACGCUUUUUGAAAAUGGUCGUAUCCUGUAUUGUUUUAGGAUCAACCAAUUACAACAUUUAGUGUAUAGCAAACAAGGCUAACCUAAUUUUUGGGAUCACAGUAUGAUAUAAAAAGCAGUAUUUGAUUGA